AUGGAUUCAUCUUUUCUCUGCUUCAGCCUCUUCUUCAUCAUCCUCUGCAGAGCAGAUGGAUACGAGUAUUACACUUCAUCCCGCUGCCUGUUUAACUCCACUGAGCUGCAGGACAUAGAGUACAUCAGAUCUUACUAUUACAACAGAAUAGAGUAUGUCAGGUUUGACAGCAGUGUGGGGAAGUUUGUUGGAUACACUGAGUACGGUGUCAGGGAGGCAGACCAAUGGAACAAUGAUCCUGGACAGCUCGCUUUCAUGAGAGCUCAGAAGGAGACGUACUGCAAACAAAAUGUUGACUUCUGGUACCAAAGUGUUCUGACAAAAUCAGUGAAACCAUCGGUCAGACUUCACUCCAUACCCCCUGUUGAUCUUCGUCCUGCCAUAUUGGUCUGCAGCGUCUACGACUUCUACCCCAAACAGAUCAGCGUGAGCUGGUUGAGAAACGGACAGGAAGUAAGCCCUGACAUCACUCCUACUGUAGAGUUUGCAAAUGCUGAUACACCCAGGUCAGGAGAGAAGAUCUCCUGUAUGGUGGAGCACUCCAGCCUGGAGGAACCUGUGGUUACUGACUGGGUCCCGUGCAUGUCUGAAUCCAAGAAAAUGAUGAUCGUUGGAGCCUUUGGGCUGAUCCUGGGUCUGGUCUUUUUCCUGGCUGGAGUCAUCUACACAAUGAUGUGCAGCAGAGUGAUGCCGCAGAUCAGCGUUCAUGCUAUGACGCCCCCUGGUGGUCAUCAUCUGGCCAUGCUGCUCUACAAAGUCUACGACUUCUACACCAAAAAGGUCGCUUCUGCUAAAGUGAUAGCAGCAGCUGAUUUGCUUGAGAAGACUUUACCAGAUGAGCUGGAGCCCAGGACUGAUGCUGGUCCCCAGUAG